CAGUACAGCCGUUGUUCGCGGAUAAGGCACCCGGCACCGGUACGGUUGUGCUCGUCGACGAUUCAGUCAUUCGAACGCGGCUUCGGCAGUCACGUCUCCUGUUUGCCGUUUCGACGCCGUGCCGUUCUAUCACGCGACCGAUCGAUUGCGUAAUAAAAAUAGUUCUGGGGUGCGCCCGUCUGUAUUCUAUACAUCGUGUGGUCGACACGAGCCGAUUUUUGCAGUUAUCUCGAUCAUGACGACGGACCUUGUCGUCGUCAGUUUACCGCAGCCACUACACGAAUAACCGCCGACAAUAUUAUGGGAGCCAAAGUGUCGAGGACCGAUUUUGAGUGGUCGCCCACGGAAGAGCCGCACGCGACGCGCAGGAAAGAGAUUUUGGAAAAGCAUCCAGAAAUCAAGAAACUUUAUGGUCCAGAUAAGAAUUUUAAAUGGAUUGUUGUAAUUACUACAAUAUUGCAAUUGGGAUCUCUUUUUUUUAUUAAUGAUUUAAAAUGGUCAACUGUCAUAAUAUUAGCCUAUUGUUUUGGAGGUGUUGUAAAUCAUUCAUUGAUGCUUGCAAUCCAUGAAAUUGCCCAUAAUAUGGGAUUUGGACCAAAAUAUCCAAUGUAUAAUAAAUUAUUGGGUAUGUUUGCUAACUUACCCAUUGGACUUCCAUUCUCUGUCACUUUUAAACACUAUCAUCUAGAACAUCAUCGGUAUCAAGGAGAUGAGAAACUUGACACAGACAUACCUACAUAUGUUGAAGCAAAAUUAUUCAACUCAACAUUUGGAAAGUUUAUCUGGGUAUUAUUGCAACCAUUUUUUUAUGCUUUAAGACCUAUGUUUGUUUAUCCAAAAAAUCCUACUGCACUUGAAAUCAUUAGUGUUGUUAUUCAGUUGGCAUUUAAUUAUUGGGUAUAUUUAUAUUUAGGUACAAAAGUAAUAACAUAUAUGUUAGCUGGUUCGUUGAUGGCAAUGGGUCUUCAUCCAGUAGCAGGACAUUUUAUUUCUGAACAUUAUAUGUUUCAUAAAGGGUAUGAAACAUACUCAUAUUAUGGCCCAUUAAAUUUUAUAACAUUUAAUGUUGGCUAUCACAAUGAACAUCAUGAUUUUCCAUUUGUUCCUGGUUCUAAACUUCCUCAAGUUAAAAAAAUUGCACCAGAGUUUUAUGAUAAUUUACCUCAACACCAUUCAUGGACAAGUGUGCUGUAUGAUUUUAUAAUGGAUCCUAGCAUUGGACCAUAUGCACGAAUAAAGCGUAAACAUAAAGGAUUGAAAUUUUAAAUCAUAUCUUACUAAAUUUCUUUAGACGAAACUGUAAUUUGGAUAAGAUACCAUAAUUCAGUUUAAUCUCUCUAUUUUUGUUAUUAAUUUAGAAAAAAUAAAUAUUUCUAAAAAUUAAUAA